UUUCGUUCUGAAGUGAGACAUAGGACGCAAAGUGUGUGUAACAAUACCUCAUCAACAAUACUUUAUCGUUGCCAAUUAUGCAAAGACGUCGCCGAGGGCUAGCCGGCGAGGUCCAGGCAAGUUCAGAUGUCCCUUCGACCUUACCCACGACGACCCCAGAUGCCAGAGAGCAAGAAAUAUAUACUAGGUUUCCUAAUUUAUUUUCGACGGCAAAAGAGUUCAAUGUGCCAAUAUAUCCCAUGUGGGGGGAUGUAGGAGUCCCAGAGCCACUACAUAAUCCAGACAUACCUGGUCGGCGAAGCUAUGCUACGGGAGCAGGCUUUUCUGCCCGAGUAAUCAGACAUCAGAUGGUAAAAGGUGUCGGCAAUGCCAAGGCUGGCCAGCUGGUCGCUCUCAAGAAUUUCCGUAUUAAUAGCAACGAUAAUUCCACGCUGCCAACAGUUUACGAAGCCGUAAUACGAGAAAUCAAAGCUCUAAAGCAUCCAUUACUUAACGAUCAUGAGAAUAUCUGCGAUCUAUUUUGUAUUGCUUGGAUACCCGGAGAAUUUCCAAUAAAUCUCAUUUUGGAACUUGGAAGCUAUGGGACGCUCGAAGAUGUACUUGGGGGACUUACGAUGGGACCUUCUUGGUUGCAGAAGAUGAACAUGACAAUCGACAUUAGCCUAGGUCUUCGCGCGAUUCAUGAUGCAGGAAUAAUUCACGGCGAUAUCAAGCCUGCAAAUAUCAUCAUUCAAAAACACGAGAAUAGGCAGAUAGUCGCUAAGUUCAUUGAUUUCGGUGGUGCUGCAAGUUCCGAUACUUCCCGGCCUGGCAUGCGAACUGAGAUCUGGAGUGCUCCGGAGGUAAUCAUGGGCGGCAGGAAUAUUGACUGGAAGAGUGCAGAUGUUUACUCUUACGGACUAGUCAUUGCUAGUAUAUGGGCAAGAAGGUUACUGCAUCAGACUGUAGGGUCGCAAACCUCUUGCUUUCUCGAACGAUACCUUCCGCCAGCCCUAAGCGAAUCCCAACGCAGUCAACGAAUGCUUAUUAUGAAAACAGACCCCGAUCCAGAAGCCAGCGGGGCGGGUGACUCAAUUGGCAUGGGUGUUUUGAGUCAGAGCCUGAUAAAAGAUGAACAUUUCAUCAACGAUCUGCUAUGCAUGACACUCCUAGUCAUCCCUGAUAAGAGAAAGUCCAUGUCUAUAAUCACAUCAACACAUAUGCCUAAGCUAUGCAAAAAAAUAGGCAGAGACACAAACUUGGGAUCACCACCAAAGGAGUCGGUAACGACAGUCCUGACACCAACGGCUAAGGGAGAGCCCGAAUACUUACCUGAGUUUGUUUUUGAAUCGUUAGAAGAGAUUCAGUUAGGGACCACCGACCCUCCAUGGUAUCGUGAAUCUGGCCGCGAUCACCCACUCAUAAAGCUUCUGGUGUGCAUAUGUGCUCCCAGGGCGGAGCCAGCAAAGAAUGCGAUGGCCAAAAAUAUGCAUCUAUUUACUGAUUGGAAAAGUGACGUCACGAAUCAGCCCUCAAAACUGCUCGAGAUUACCUUGUCUACCCUAGCUGAGCUUGGACAAGGUCCUGAUCUUGGUGAUAGCCACAAAUCUGCGUACACUCUUGCAGAGUUAGAGGUGAACUCAGAUUCUUUCAUGUCUGAGCACGAUCGUUUAAAUUACAUAUACGCAUCUGUCCUAGGAGGCUCCACUAACUCUCUCGUGAUGGCUCCUUUGCUAGGAGAUUCUUACGACGCUCAUUUACCAGAAGAUAGCAUCAAGCUCUUUUGCUUGGUUAUAGGUACGCUUUUUAAGCAUCAACAGUCCGCAACACUACUUCGUGAGUCAAGGCCCGACUUGCACGAGAGUACAAGACGCAUCUUACAAGCACACAUACCAUUAUCACUUAAAGUAGAUAGAGAAUCCGUAUCGCUAUAUCUCAAAGAAAUUCAAACGGCACCACUGCUAGAUAAACAUGAGGCAGAUUUGUUGACGUUGAUUGCGUCGCAGAAUAUUGAGGAAGUCAAACAGUUCUUAGAACGCCAGGAUUGCGAUGCUACUAUUACAGACAUGUAUGGUGUCGGUGCACUGUAUUAUCUUAGCUACCUUUCUGAUGAAGAGGCAACUAGUCUUGCAAAAGCAUGUCACGAUAAAGGUGCCAGUUUGACUCAAGAGACUACCAAAUUCCCUUAUUAUUUCAAAAUCGAUCCGGACGAGGAACUGGAGUCUACACCGCUACGAAUAGCGAUACGGAAAAGGAUGCCUAGAUAUUCUGUACGCCUCCUUGAACUACACAUUGAAACAAGCACGCCCGUACCAAACGAUGGGCUUAUACUCUUAGAGAGCGUUAUGUACGACUCCCACAACAUAUUGCAAGUUAUGCUAGAACGGUUAUCCAACAACCCUCAUAUAUUUCCACAGAUAAGCAAGAUGGGUUCUCUCAGUCACUUUGCCCUAAAAUUUACUCGUGAAUUAAGACUGGAUCUGGAUACCCCAAUUUCGGGUGAGUACCUAGACAUGCGCAUAAAUAACGGGCGAAAUUUCCAAUAUAAUCGCAGAUCAGUUCUCCGUUUAAUGCUAGACCUAUCCAAGGAGCUACCAGAGUGGCCCGACCAUAUCUCACAACUGGUCAUGGCAAGUGUAGUACGGCGAGACCACAUCGCUUUGCAAGCCAUCUUAGAGUGCUAUAAAGACUCCGAACCUGCACCUUCAUACGAAGAGCUUUCCACAAGGCUACUUCACCAUUUCCUCGCGUCCAUUUCAUUGAGUCAGCAUAGAUGUUUCGAUCAAUUCCUCAAAGUCUUCCCUGAGUUAGCAAAAUUAAAAACAACCGAGGGCCGUUCGAUGCUUUUCCAUACCAUAAAAAAUGAUGAUCCAUAUUUUACUAAAGAGAUUUUACAGCUUGGAGCCUGCUAUAACAACCACGGACCGCUCUCUCUAGAUUCAUAUUUUACCAAGGGUGAUGAGGGAGCGGAAUAUUGCCCUCCCCUUGAUGCCGAGCAAUUCAGAUCUUGGAGUAGCGGCCUGGAUUGUCCCUUAUUUUUUGCUUUGCUCCUCGGUCGUAUUGGAUCAGCUACCCUUAUCUACGACUCUCUGACUGACUGUCAACAACAACUGGUCCUUCCGGAGUUGGCUUCUGGUAACAUUGUAGGUGCCUGGGUCGACAGACAUAACCUAGGAAUCUUGAAUUCUAUCGAUUGGAUGAUUGAAAGGGGUAAAUUAAGCUUCUUGGGGUUUUACGGGGCACCAACUUGGAUGCCCCUAAUUGCCCGUAGUCAAUCAGGAGUUCCCGAGCAUGUCGAUUUGGAUGUACAAAUGGCAAGGAAAUUAUUUGAAGCCUUCCCAGAUCGGCUGUCUUACGUUGACUACUCUGGGAAGAUGGCUAUACAUUGGGUAGCGCGUCAUGGGCAUGUCGGGAUGCUUGAGUUACUACUUGCCAUGGGCGUAGGUAUCAAUACGGAGGCUAGGGAUGAUAAUAGGACAGGUUUAACAGCAUUGGAUCUUGCGAAGAGUGCGCUAUCGGACGGCCCAGACAUAGAGAUUAAGACGGCAGGAAAAGCCGUAAUUUCUCGAUGGAGGCGACGACUACAAGAAACGAUCAGCCUCCUUGAGUCCCAUGGCGCGGAACUUGGGAGAUUCUCUACGGAUGUAGACCUUGAAGAUUCGAACUCUACUACUUCCCAUGAUGGAGUGGAUCAAUUCGAUAUGGAUGAAUACGAUUUACAAGACCUUAAUGGAGGCUACCCUUUAAGGCUCGGACUAGGCCACGCAAGCCCAACUAUAGAAGAGCAGGAGAAGGCUAAGAAUUGGAUGAAAGUAAAAAGUAUAGAUGGUCAAGUUAAGAAAUUAAGUAGGAGGUUAGUCAACGCGUGGCUUAAGGACAAUUUAAAUCAACCAGAGAGUGGGUUGUUCGAGAAACCGCCUGAGCAGUACAGCGACUUUCUUGAAAGAGCAGUCGCCUCCAGAAAGAAAGAAUGGGCUAUAAACUGCCAGGACCUUUUGCCGCCCGACCUUGGCCUUGACCCAAGAGUGAGAGAAUGGCAUGAAUAUGGGGCCAUGAUAACUAAGGCAAUUAAUGACUCGGUUGAGCUGAUACCGCGCUUCCACCGGCUAAUUGUUGAAAUGGAGUCACCUUCGACAAUUUCGGAUCCCAACAUCUGGGAUCUGCUAGGACACCUGAACGAGACCCGUCGAGUUUGGAAUCCGGAACCACAGAGCAGUCAAGUUUUGACCAAGCGAAUCGAUAUAGUCUCUAAAAUCCCUAGGAAGUUAGCCACCGAAUACGCCUUCCAGGAAGCAGAGAAACAACUGUCAGACUUGCAGGUGCCUAAAGAUCCGGGAGAUGGCUUUGUAUUGGUUGUAUGGAGAAUACUCGAUUAUAGGACAGACCUGACACCUAAAGAAGUGGGCAUCAUACAGAAGCAUAUUGGGAGUUGUUUGGUUUUUACCAUCUCGCGGACUAUGGUUGGUCAGCGCCCCGUCGUCGCAAAGCGCUUUAUUCCUUUUACCUGACACCUGGACAACAUUGCAUGGCGCAUUGGGUAAACGAUGUUAGGUAUUAUCGAAGAGUGUGCUUUAUGUUUGUUAAAGGAUGAGGGUAAUUGUAGAGAAUAAACGAGGAAGAAGGUUGAAAGGCA